AUCGAGUAUUAAUUAUAUAUAUUGCAAUUCUUUUAUUCUUCACCUAGGUCGGACACUAGUGUUUCAUCAUGCAUUCGUGUGUUUUGGUAUGUUCUACGCACACGCGUUAAGCGCAAUCGUCACGAAUGCCCAGCUGACAGGUGUAUGUAUGGUGUGGCCGGUUCUGCAUAUUUUCGUCACGAAUUUCUUACCCGAAUCGCCUUUGUACGCUUAUAAAUGUUAUGGUGAUUCCGAAAAGGCCAAGUCAACUAUACGUCGAGUUAAUGGCGCGGACUACGACGUGGACUCGGACUACAUGGCACUUGAGAGAUACAUGUUCGAGUACGAAUGCAUGAUCGGUGACAACAAAAAGCGUUUGAUCUGUAGAAUUGUUGCCAUCGGUAUGAGAAUUGUUGUGCUGCAGCAAACUUGCGGUGCAAGUGCGGCGAUUUUUCACGCCAAAUCGGUUAUCGGUGGAUUCGGUUUGACCACUGAAGUCGCAGGAUACAGCGACGAACGCGUAUACGCCAACACACAAACGAUCGUCACGAUCGUAUUCGCAGCUCAAGUCUUGUUGUGUCUUACCACAGUCGAGCUGGUCGAGUUUUUGGGCCGUAAGUUUAUGUUAAAUGCGUCAGCUAUCAGUAUGGGCUUGUGUUUGGCGUCAAUGAUGCUUUACCAAUCAUUCUUCCCAACAACGGACAUCUGUACUUCAGCAAUCGAAUCGAACGAGUGGCACAAAUAUGUACCCAUCAUACUGGUGUGUCUGUACUUGUGUUCAUAUUCCAUAGGAUGGGGACCGAUCGUUCCGCUGAUCUAUGCAGAAGUAGUUUAUUUCAACAAAUGGUUUUCAAGUCUGAUUUACGCCGGUGGCCAAUUAGUCUUGUUCCUGGUGGCGUACACGUUUUUCGAUGCCAAUGCCCUGUUAGGAUUCAACAAAUAUGUCAUUUGGGUGUACAUCGCGUCAUGUGCCCUUAGCGUCGUGUUUGUCUAUUUUUGUGUACCAGAAACCCGAGCACUGCCCUUGAACCGGGUGCUGCAUCGCCAAUCGUCGGAAAAUAAUUGUGUCGACACCAGAAAUGAAUGAUUAUAUCGUUGAAUUAUUAUUUAUUAUACACUGAACUGUUGUGUAAACAUUGUUUACUAUU